CCCUCCCUCUCUUCCUCUCCUCCUCUCCUCUCCUCUCCCUCCCUCUCUCCCCCUUGCCUCCUGGCUGAGGAGAGGACUUGGGAGAGGAGCUGCCGCUGCUGCUGUGCUGGGCCAGGCCCGGGGAUCCCAUUGCCUCCACGCUGCUGCGGCUGCCCGGGGACCUCCUGGAGACCCAGGCCAGGGACAGAGCUGUGCUGGCUGCAGGGCCCCUUUCUUUUGCCCGCACGUGUCUGAGCAGAGACGACUGGCCGCCCUGAGCGCAAUUCAAUUCAACAGACAUUUACUGAGUGCCUACUAUGCGCCAGGCCUUAGGCUAGGCACUGGGGUGGGGGGCGCAGUGAGGAAGAUGGGGCCCGGUCCUCAGGUAGCUCUGGGCUUGCGGGUGGGGGUGUGUGGAGGGACUGGCGAGGGCCAACAGCUUGGCACUGGGAGGGAGCAGCGUGGAGGGCUAGGAGCAGCAGAAACGAGGGUUUCCGUGCCUUACCGGAGAGCUGCUCUUCCUCAUCCAUGCCUCAGUUUUCACCUGUAAAACGGGAGGAGGCCAGGGGGAGUGAGACGAUUAGAUGGUUUCUAGGACCCUUGCUGGAUUCCACGAGCCAGGCAUGCAUCACAGGGGUGGGGACAGAGCAGGGAGGCCAUCACUCUGAAGAGGGGACGACUCCAAAGGCUUCCCAGAGGAUGAGGUGGUGUCAGAUUGAGACCUCAGGGGGGCCCUACAGGUGGCAUUGGCUCCCCAGGGUCAGGAUCUGCAUAAGCAGAGGAUGGAAGCCAGGCAGAGGGCAUCCCCGAAACCUCACAGGGUCAUGAAGGGGCAGGGUUAGGUGUGAGCUCAGAGAGGGGCUUGAGAGACACAAGGUAGGGCGUUGGGAGCCAUGUAAGGCUGUUGAGGGAGACAGAAGCAGGUGGUCCUGUGCAGCCCCUGCCCUCCCGGGGUACGUUCCCCUGGGGCCCUGCAGCUGUGUGGCCAUGGCGGUGUCGGCGCUGAGCUGGCCACUUUCCGUGUUAGUCCUCACGCAGCCCCAUCAACGGCAUUUGCUGGACUCCGUUCACAGAGGGGGACACUGAGGCUCAGAGAGGGAAGCUUCUUGCCCAAGGCCAUGAUGUGAGCCCUGACCCCCCCCAUGCCAAAGAGGUCUACGCUCUGUAAGUGCACCCACCCUGACCACCCCAAAGUCCUGGGGUGCCUAGCAGAGUUGAGUCUGGGGGUUGAGGGUAGGAAACCCCCCAGUGUUGUUAGCAGGGCUGGCUUUCUGCAGGACCUGAGCUCCUUCCCACUUUACAGAUGAGCAGAUUGAGGCCCCGAGGGUCACACCACUGGGCCAGGGCUGAACUUGAGCAAGAGACAGUGUAGGGUGGGAGCCUGUCUCCACAUCAUCUAACCGAGGCUGGGGGGCUCAAGUCCUUGAGACCUGUGCAAAAGCUGACACCCAAGGCCCUGCCCAGGGAGUGGGCAGGGCUGGCAUUGGCGUCACAGACCUGGGUUCAAAUCCUGGCUUUGUCUUGGAUGAGCUGUGUGAUGGCGCGUUAAGUCAUGAAUUACUCUGGGCCUCGGUUUCUUUAUCUGUACCAGGAAAGUCAGGCCUCUCGGUUCCCUCAUUAACACACAUUAUCGAGCACCUACUGGGGGCCUGGUGCAGGCCCUUCCCUGGAGGAAGCAGUAGUUAUGGAUUCCUGGAGGGAGACCAGGGGCUGUGAGAACCUAGCCAGGUGAGGGCAGGGCGGGAGGCAGGUGCCAGCUCCUUCAGGACCAUGUUGGUGGGCUCUGGAAGCAUUGGCGUUUUCCCGGAUCAGCCAGGAGUGCCAUGCUCGGUCUCAGGGUGUGGAAAGAUUCUCCUUGCAGGGUGAGGAGUGGGUGCAGUCAGACUGUAGGGUCAGAAGCAGAGAGCCCAGUGAGGCGGUGGAAAGGGGCGAAACCGGAGCAGGCACACUGGCACGUGGACCCCAGGUGUGGGCGCUGGGUGGAUGGUCUGGGGGCUGGAGCGAAGCCAGCAGUUAGGGGCAGGUGGGCAGCGGGCCAGGUGUCCAGGCCUGGAUGUGGUGGGAUGAUGGGUGGAGUUCUAGGUGCCAGGGGGAGCCAGGGACAGUGGGGACUUGGCUGCUUGGGUGUGGACAGCUUGAGGCUGAUAGAGAAGCCCUGGGAGGGGCUGAGAUAGUUGCAGGGAAGCAGGUGUGAGCUGGGCUGCAGGGUCCGAAAGCCAGGUGCAGGUCAGGGUGACAGCACUUCCAGGAGGAAGGUGGUGGGCCUAGGUCUGCCAGGGAGUCCGAAUUCCAGGAGUUGUGGGAGGUGGCGCUAGGGUCCAGCCCCUGGCUUUUCCCAGAAGCCGGGACCUAAGUCAUCCCCAGAAAGAGGAGGCCCCAGAGGGGGAAGGUGUUUGUGAAGGAGGGAAAAACAUUUGCAUGUAUAACAAGGCUGAAGGGAGGGAGGGAGGGAGAGAGAGAGAGAGAGAGAUGAAAAGAAAUUACCAUACAUCAGGAUCUUGUUAUUCAACCUAAUUUUCAAAGGACCACAGCUGUCGCACUGAGAUAAUCCGUUAAUUAUAACAGCCAUUGUGCUUUGGCAAUGGGAGAGAAACCGAGGCCGGGAACAGGCUGAAGGUGGGGGAGGGAGCAGGCUUUUGAGAGGCCUGGACCUCAGAGAGGGGCAGGGACAGAAGCAAAAGGGUGUGCUGCUCCCGGCUUGGGGCCAGGCCUCAGCCUUCCUCACUGUUACUGUUAAAACCCUGCAGCGAGGCCCUACACGUGCCAGGCAUGUGCCAUGCUCCUGGAUGGGGACAUCGGGAUGUCUGCAGCAGCCGACUUUAAUAAGCAGUUACUAUGGGCCUACCCUGUGGCUGUUCCCUCUAGCUAGUGCUCUUCGAUCCCAUUUUACGGGAGAGGAAACUGAGACUCAGGGGAAGGAGGCGACUUGCCAGGGCCAAGGUUAAAUGGACAGCCCGGAUUGGAGUGGAUGCGGCUCAUAAGUCGGGUUGGCCACCAGGAGUUGGUGGUCACUGAAGCUGCCAUCAUUCAGGGCCCGCUGUCCUGCCCAGCCGGCCGCCGCCAGAGUCACCGGUGGCCCUCCCCUGGUGUUUUCGGCACCGAGGCAGCCCCUGGCCCUGACAGAGCCUCCUUGUUCUGAGAGCUGCAGCUGUGGUCUCCAUUUGGGGUGGCUCCCGCCCUCCAGGGCAUCACAGUCUCAGGGCCUAGGAGAGGGUUUCCCACUGGCCAGCAGCCUCCAUGCUGACCCCUUGUGACCGACCCUAGUAGGAGGUGGUGAAGAGACAGUCAUGGAGCUGCAGUCCUGGGAGGGGUUUCUCAGCCUGGCCCACAGGGCUCCAGGGUGUAGGGUGCUGAGGCCUGGUUGAGGAGUAGGGGCACAGGCAGCGUGAGGGGAGCCCAGAGUCAAGGGGUGGCGAAACCAGGGGCCAUCCCAGAGCCCCCAGAGCCCUUCCACAUGGGCUCUGCUCAGCAGCCAGGCUCAGGGGCCAGAAGUGCAGCAAAGACCACAUCCGUUCCUGUUCAGACCCAGCAGGAGCCCCAGACUUGACCCAGGCAGUGUUGUUGGGGUUCAGAGGAGCAGUGGGCCCUGAAGAGUGCCAGACAAGUCUGGGAGUCCCUGGGGGUGUUCUCCUGACUGACUUUGGGUCCUCACCCCUGUAGGCCUGCUCAGAGCCUGGGGGAGCUUAAGACUGUGGGGAAUUGUGACCCCCCCCCCCCGCAGAGGUUGGACUCAGCAGCAUUCACAGAUACAGCCUACCUCCUCUCAAGAACCAGACUCAUAAUCAGGGAUCCCUAAAAACAACACGCCCCUGCUGGCUGUGUCCCAGAGCUCAAAAGUCAGAGCCAUCAACCAGGCAGGAUAGAAGUGGGGUGGGGACGAUUGUGGCCCCCUCAGGCCCCAGACAGGAGGCUCAUGGAAUCCCCAGGCAGGUGGGGAUUCAGCUGUUCCCACUCUGUGGGUCUCCAGGAGCCAGGACACUCCAGGGAGCCAGGGUGAGGAAUGGGGCCCCUGCUCUGCCCUGCGCAAUGCAGACACAGGGAAGCCAAGCUUAUUCUGGAAAGGGGGAUUUAAAAACAUAACACCUCCCAAGUUUUCAAUAUUGGCAACUAACAAAACAUGAAAAUGUAAUCCUUGUCCCAAGUUGAUGUGCAACCCAGCAUCUUGUGAGCCAGAGCCUGAUGCUUGCUGUCUGUGGAGGGGAAGCCACCGUGUAGCAGUCGGAAGACCUCAGUUUCUCCAUCUGUAAAGUGGGGAUAGUGAUAGCUCUGACUCCAGGGUUGUGCUGAGGACUAAGUGGACACAGGAAUUGGGAAGUGCCUAGGCCCCACGGACAACUGUCUUGCUUGUCCGCUCCUCCCUGGAGCCUCUGAGCUCAGCGAGCUCCCUGCCCAGAGCCCCCUUCUCCCACGGGCCCUGAUCUGUUGCUCUGCCUGGGGACAGCCCUGAGGGUGUGGGAAGGCACAGAACGGCCAUGCAGGAUGCUGGAGGAGGAGCAGCUGGCAGAGGCAGGGCCGGGGGGUGGGCCUAGCCGGCGCCUGGCACAUAGUAGGUGCUCCAUAAAUGUUUAUUGAAUGAAUGAAUGGAGGCCAUGCAGGCAGAGGCAGCCGUGCGUGCACAGGCACUGGUGAAAACGGGUCCAGUGGAGACUGGAACCAGGUGACAGAUGGGUCUCUUCCUUCCUGCCCUCGUCUCUCCGCUCUCCCCCAGAACUGCACCCUGCUCUGCUGUGGGAACCGUCUGACGUUCUGAGCCCAGAACCGAAAGAGGAGGAGGAAGAGGAGGAGGAGGAGGAGGGAGAGGAAGUCUGGGCCUGAGACCCUGCUCACCUUCGCAGCAGGAGUUGAGGAGCACCUCGGGGAGCCGACCUUGGGCCCCCACACCUCAGCCAGGCCUGGUGCCUGCUUGUAGACCCUUGGAACGCUCCCGGUAGUUGGCACGGGCCGUGCCUAUCUUGCCUGGGAUCCCUGUGUCGGGGGCCGCCCCCAAGAUGGUGGCGGCCCCGGGGAGGACUGUGCUGCCAGCCCCAGCCUCUGGCCUCUAGGUCCCCGUGCUCCAGCCCUCACCCCUGCCUGGCUGCCAGGGGCCCGAAGCCCGCACCAUGCUGCGCCUGGGGCUGUGCGCUGCGGCGCUGCUGUGCGUGUGCCGGCCGGGUGCAGUGCGCGCAGACUGCUGGCUCAUCGAGGGGGACAAGGGCUAUGUGUGGCUGGCCAUCUGCAGCCAGAAUCAGCCACCCUACGAGACCAUCCCGCAGCACAUCAAUAGCACUGUGCAUGACCUGCGGCUGAAUGAGAACAAGCUCAAGGCUGUGCUCUACUCCUCACUCAACCGCUUCGGGAACCUCACGGACCUCAACCUCACCAAGAACGAGAUUUCCUACAUCGAGGAUGGCGCCUUCCUGGGCCAGACGAGCCUGCAGGUCCUGCAGCUGGGGUACAACCGGCUCAGCAACCUGACAGAGGGCAUGCUGCGAGGCAUGGGCCGCCUGCAGUUCCUGUUCGUGCAGCACAACCUCAUCGAGGUGGUCACCCCCACCGCCUUCUCCGAGUGUCCGAGCCUCAUCAGCAUCGACCUGUCCUCCAACCGUCUCAGCCGCCUGGAUGGCGCCACCUUCGCCAGCCUGGCCAGCCUGAUGGUCUGCGAGCUGGCCGGCAACCCCUUCAACUGUGAGUGUGACCUCUUUGGCUUCCUCGCCUGGCUCGUGGUCUUCAACAACGUCACCAAGAACUACGACCGCCUGCAGUGUGAGGCUCCUCGGGAGUUCGCCGGCUACCCACUGCUGGUGCCCCGGCCCUACCACAGCCUCAACGCCAUCACCGUCCUGCAGGCCAAGUGCCGCAACGGCUCGCUGCCGGCCCGGCCCGUGAGCCACCCCACGCCCUACUCUACCGACGCCCAGCGGGAACCCGAUGAGAACUCGGGCUUCAACCCUGAUGAGAUCCUUUCGGUGGAACCACCGGCCUCGUCCACCACGGAUGCGUCCACGGGGCCUGCCAUCAAGCUGCACCAUGUGACUUUCACCUCAGCCACCCUGGUGGUCACCAUCCCACACCCCUACAGCAAGAUGUACGUCCUGGUCCAGUACAACAACAGCUACUUCUCCGACGUCAUGACGCUCAAGAACAAGAAGGAGAUCGUGACGCUGGACAAGCUUCGGGCGCACACCGAGUACACCUUCUGCGUGACCUCCCUUCGCAACAGCCGCCGCUUCAACCACACCUGCCUGACCUUCACCACCCGGGACCCUGUGCCCGGCGACCUGGCGCCCAGCACGUCCACCACCACGCACUACAUCAUGACCAUCCUGGGCUGCCUCUUUGGCAUGGUCAUUGUGCUGGGUGCCGUCUACUACUGCCUACGCAAGCGGCGCAUGCAGGAGGAGAAGCAGAAGUCCGUCAACGUCAAGAAGACUAUCCUGGAGAUGCGCUACGGUGCCGAUGUGGAUGCCGGCUCCAUCGUCCAUGCCGCCCAGAAGCUGGGGGAGCCCCCUGUGUUGCCUGUGGCCCGCAUGUCCUCCAUCCCGUCCAUGAUUGGGGAGAAGCUGCCCACCCCCAAGGGGCUGGAAGCCGGGCUGGACACGCCCAAGGUGGCCACCAAGGGCAACUAUAUUGAGGUGCGCACGGGUGCUGGGGGGGAUGGACUGGCGCGGCCCGAGGAUGACCUCCCAGACCUUGAGAACGGCCAGGGCUCGGCUGCCGAGAUCUCCACCAUCGCCAAGGAGGUCGACAAAGUGAACCAGAUCAUUAACAACUGCAUCGAUGCCCUCAAACUGGACUCGGCCUCUUUCCUAGGGGGCAGCAGUGGUGGUGGGGACCCUGAGCUGGCCUUCGAGUGCCAGUCUCUCCCUGCGGCCACUACCACCUCCGCAGCUGCCGCGCCCGGGGCCCUGGAGCGGCCCAGCUUCCUCUCACCCCCCUACAAAGAGAGCUCCCACCACCCGCUGCAGCGCCAGCUCAGCGCCGACGUCGCCGUCACCCGUAAGACCUGCAGUGUGUCGUCCAGCGGCUCCAUCAAGAGCGCCAAGGUCUUCAGCCUGGAUGUGCCCGACCACCCGGCCGCCUCUGGGCUGGCCAAGGGCGACUCCAAGUACAUCGAGAAGGGCAGCCCACUCAACAGCCCGCUGGACCGGCUCCCGCUGGUGCCCACGGGUGGCAGCGGGGGCAGUGGUGGGGCUGGGGGCAUCCACCACCUGGAGGUGAAGCCGGCCUAUCACUGCAGCGAGCACCGCCACAGCUUCCCCGCGCUCUACUACGAGGAGGGUGCCGACAGCCUCAGCCAGCGCGUGUCCUUCCUCAAGCCGCUGACGCGCUCCAAGCGAGACUCCACCUACUCACAGCUCUCCCCCAGACACUACUACUCAGGGUACUCCUCCAGCCCCGAGUACUCCUCCGAGAGCACACACAAGAUCUGGGAGCGCUUCCGGCCCUACAAGAAGCACCACCGUGAGGAGGUGUACAUGGCCGCCGGCCACGCCCUGCGCAAGAAGGUCCAGUUCGCCAAGGACGAGGACCUGCAUGACAUCCUCGAUUACUGGAAGGGGGUCUCGGCCCAGCAGAAGCUGUGACCCUCUCCUCCCUGGUGAGGCUGGAGCGGGGGGGCCGGGGCACUCGGGAAGGGCCCUGGGUGGCCGAGCCGGGCAGCGCACUGAGGGCCAGGACCUCGGAGUGGACGCACACGCACACCCGCACGCACGCACCAUGCACACACACCUGACCACCACCUGACUGUGAACCCACCAACACCCGACAACAACGGACAGGAAAAAAAGACACAUUUUCCUUAAAGUUUACAAACUGAUACUGAAACCAGGCGUCUUUACUGUGCUGCCCAGGGGCUCUGCCGGGGUGCGUGGGGCUGGGGACAGGGACAGGUGACGAGAAAGCCAGGAGGAUGUGGGGCCGUGGGAGCUGGGACUAGGGACAGGAUUGGGGACACAGGAGACUGAGGUAGAGAUGGACUGAAACCCCCAAGAUGGGGAUCAGGUCGCCGGAUGGACACUGGGUAUUUUCUUCCUCUUGGAUGGCCCAGCGAAAGGAAGUGGUAGCACUUUGGGUCACACAGCAGAUUAGUCUUGGCCUGCCACCUUCCAGCCUAGUGCUGCUCCGUCCUGGCUGCUCCCCUGGGCCCCCCAGCCAGUCCACUCAUCACCCCGUCCAAAGCUGUGGUCUCUCGGGGCUGAGGGAUUCGAGAAUCAGGCAGGUGCUUUUCCUCCCUAGAAAGCCCAUGGAAGCACCCGCAGGGUCUGCUGUGGCUCAUAACUCUGAGGGAGUCUCCCGGUAGGAAGGGGAUAGAGGCAAGGGGACAGGCCACCAAUCUCCUUCAAGUGUCUUCCAAGUAGCUCGGGAGCUGUCUGGGGGUGGGUGGGGGCAGACCAGCUCCCGUGGUGUCUCAGGUGCAGGCCCCACGCCCCAGGCCCCCAGCUUCUCUGGGCCUUGGGGGACCCCUACCUACCCAGAGGGGCGACAGUGAACUGUGAUGCCUGGGGGCAGUGGGGAGGUGAUGGAAUGGGGUGCUUCCUGUCUGCACCCUGUAUCCUGCCCUGCCUGACCCCACUGCGAGGUCUCUGGGCAGGCGUCAGCUUGCCCACGGGAAGGAGGGUGCCUGUCACCCCGUCCUUGCCUCACCUCCUGGCCAGGGGGGCUCCCAUGUUUCCACGGAAAUGGCCACUUUCCUCUCUGACUCCCACCCAACAUCGAACAAAGCACAAACAGUGAGGUCCCCCCACUGCCCUGGGGUGGGGGGAGCAGGCUGGGUUUGCGGGCCCCUCCCCCUCCCUAGCUAGCCCAUCACCAUGGCAACCCAGUGCCUGGCAGUUGGUGCCCAGAGCCACCAACCGUUGGGCUCUGGGGUUCUCUCAGUGUGGGCGGCAGUGGAGGAUGGCAAGGGAGGGCAGGGCUGGGCGGUGGCUGCCUUUCUCAAGAGCUGGGGGCUUCUGGGGACAAGUUCUAGGGAAGAACAAUUUCGGGAUCUUGAGACCUGGGGUCUUGAGUAGUUAGCAGGCUGAGGGGCUGAGAUGUGGCCCCUUCUUCUGAGCGGGAGGUGGGCCAGUGUGUGUGGGGCCGAUUCUAAGCGGCUUUGCCCACCUGCCAUUGUGCCCACAGCUCCCCACCCACCUCAGGAUGAGGGGAGCCUUCUGUGCUCCCCCAUGUCCCUGCCAGGGAUCCCCAGCUACUGGACUGUCACACUGUCAGGCUUGUCUAAAGAGCAGGACUGAGGCUGUGGGGUGAGGGUAGAAGCUGGGGUGGGACGAAGACCUGUACUGUGGUCAGGGGCUCUGACCAGGACAGCUAGUGCCAUCUGUGGGGGGGGGCACCAACCCCCGAGUGCUGGAGUGGGAGUUGGGGGAGGCCUGGGGUCUCAACCGAACAGCUCUGUCACAUCAACUUGGGGGUGGGCUGAGCCCAGGGCUCACUCUGGGGGUGACAUUUCAAAGGAAAGACUGUUCUGGGGAGCAGAGGGGUCGGGCUGGCGUGGAUGUGCAGGCAGACCUCCCCCAACCCCCAGACCUGCACCUCGACCUCUCCUCACACCCAGUUGGCAAAAUGGAGACAAGCAGGCUGGGAAGCCAGCAGCGUGAGAAGCAGACUCCCUGUUAUAUUUGCAUGACAAUUUUACUGUAUUUUUCUGAGCAAACAUCUGUCGUGUAUGUGCCAGUCUGUCCAGUUUCCCCACCUCUCUCCCAGAUUCCCUCCAUUGUGAUCUGAGCAGCUCUUGAAACCCAGGGAGGGGCCAGCUCUGCGAAAGACCCAAAACAGGUGCCACCAAAACACAGCUCUGACCCCCACCCACCUCCUGUCUUUCGGGGCAUCAGGCCCACAAGUGCCACCCCCACUCCCUUCGUCUUCCCACGGCCACCUCUUCCAUCCCCAGUGUAUUUCAUCCCUCCUCACUCCUUUCCUCCUCCGUUCCAGGGAGGGUGGCCGUAGGGACGUGUGGAGAGGGCAGCCCCAUCUCCGAGUGGAGAGGACCUCUGAGGCCCCUCUCCUCUGCUCUAGUUGUUCCCCCUUUGCAGGUGAGGAGGGGCCUUGGCAGCUAGUGGGAUGGGGUCGGUCACUGGCCGGGCACAGGAGCCUGAGAGCUUGGGCUUCAUGGACAGUCAGGGGCCUGAGGGAGGAGCACGGGGAGGACGAGGAGCUGCCAGUGGCCUGGCCUCGCCCCAGGAAGAUUCCCAGUGGCGGGAUGGGUGCUGUCUCUACCCUUCUGCCAUCAUCCCUUCUUGGAGACCAAUAAAACCUCAGGCCAGCGCACUUUAGGGGGCUUUAAAGUUAGGGCCCCUUCACAAGAGAGGGACCUUGACCCACUGGAAGAUGAAGUGGCCUAGAAUAAUCAGACCUCACUGUUCUCUGUAGACGCAGGCCUCUACCCGCUCCCCCUGGCCCCAAGUUGCGCAGACCUGGCCUCUUUGGGACGAGCCCCCUGCAUCUGUGUCCUUUUCAGGAUUUAUCCAAUCAGAAGUGAAAUACAAAAGACAAAAGAGCAUUUUCCCCCAUCAGCCCGCGAGGCCUGUGUUUGUAAGGGUGAUGUGUCCUGGCCAGCGCCUGGGCAGGCUGGGAGGGUGGCACCUGGGGCAGAGGGUGAAGGGCCAGGGAGGGGUAUUGUCAGGGGCCCAGUGUGGGCAGUUGGGGGGAGCCAGCUGGGGAAAAUGUGGGUGCUGCACCGUGGACCCUGCCUAGGGCUCAAAUGAGGCUACACUUGGGCUUGCCGGUUCCUGUGCAGCCUGCCCCCCCUGGGAGUGGCGCACCCUCUCCUGGAGGGCCUGGCAGGUGUGCCGCUGUUGGAGCUAACAGCCUUCCAGAGGUCUGGCGGUCAGGAAGCCCGGUGUUAGUGGACAGCUCCUCCCUUCCCAGGAAGGACCCCAUUUUGUGCGCCACAGUGCCCUCAGCAGGGGGAGAGGGGAGUCCCUGACUGAGGAACUUUGAGGAUGAGGGGUGACAGUAGGGAGACCCACUUGGGAAGGCCAGGUGUAGGCCACUUCAGAGCGAUACCGGGGGACAGCUGCGUAAAGAGUUUGGGGCUGGCCAGGCUCCCUGGUGUUGCCAACUGGAAGUCACUUGUGCCCUAUUCUAGGAACUUUAACACAGGUGGAAACAGGCAUAGGAGAGAGCUGGAAAGGAGAGCUUCCAGCCUAGAGAAAACAGUGACAGUAGGGGCCAGACAGGGACAACAGCGACGGGCCCCCUGCUUAUAAGGGGCCUAAAUAAAGUGAAGUGACAGGCAGGAAAUGUUUCCCAGUGGUGGACAUGGUACAGGGAGUUAAGAUGCGGGGAGGGACUGGGGUUGUCCCUCACCUUUUGGAGGAAGCAGCAGGCAGCUGAGUUCCUCAAGAUGCAAGGGGCUGGAGGAGGAGCCAGCAGCUCUGACAAAGAGACAGGAGGGGAGUUGGGGGCUGGAGGGGCUGGCCGAGCACCCCUUCCCGCCACCACCACUAUGCCUGGCCUCUGCAGGAGUGUGGGUGGCUGAGUUGAGGAGUAGGGAGCCUGGGGUGGGCAUCGGAAGCCUGUCCUGCCCACUGCCGUCUGUCCUCUCUGCUCCACAGGGCCCUGCACCCCACGGUCCCUUCUGACACGGCCCCACCCCGACACUGUUUCCACCUAAGACAGUCGGCAUAUCACUUGCCUCCACAUCCCCCUUACAAGGCGGUCACUCCUGCUGAGCAGAAGGGAGAGGAAGAGGGGGUCCCAUGGGGCUGUCUGGGGACGGUCUGGGCCUCCUCUUCCAUGCCCCUGCCCCCUGCCAAGCACGCACAGGCCUGGGGCAGGGGUUCGGGUCUAGCUCUGGUGGCCGUCCUUCCCUCUGGGUCCCCGUCCUCCUCAGGCGCCGCCAGCCCCCAGGAGCGCUGCGGCCUGGCACCUGCUUUGAGCCCUGCAGAGCUGGGCUCGAGGCCCUGAACUCUGAACCUGUGAACCCCAGCUGUGUAUGGACCCUCUCCCUCUGGGGGCCUCGAUCCCUCUCCUUUUCUUCAUUUAUGGGGGUAACUUCAUUUAUUUUCUCCUCCCUACAUCUGCCCCUCACCCCCAUUUCUUGUUUUAAACUGAAUGGCACGAAAUUGUUUUCCUCAACUCGGAGAUUCCUGUAUGGAGAGAAUCAAUUUCUAUAUUUGCAAUAAAUUUCUUAUUUAAAACAACAGGGCCAAGGUUUCUGUGGAUUGUUGUCCCCCUGUGUGGAUGCCUGUGUCCCACAGUUCCUGGUGCCCCAGCCCCAUGCUGUCUCUUCACCCGGAGCUCUGCCCAUGGCACUAAGGAUGGGGCUGAUGGGUGGGGUGGUCCCUGCCUGAGGUCAAGGGGAAAAGAGGCGGCUCUGCCAACACAGGGCAGCCAGCUCCCCAGCACUCUGUGGGCCUGGCUGGCAGAGGCCUCAUGAACUCCUGUCCCCCAAAUCUG